AUGCCCCGACACGUCCGAUUCGCGUUACCAAGGUCCGAGAGCUCUAAAAUCAUUCAGUAAAUAAAAUUUUCAGGUUUCUCGCCUUUCAAGUUUACACGUGUGACCUGAUGAGACCGAUCGUCUUCUUCCCAGUUGUGGGAUACGGUACUUACGGUCUCCUGAAUGACAUUCUAGCGCCAUUCACACAACUUCAAGUUGGCGGAGCUCUAGCUGCCAUAGUUAUCGUCUCCACUGGAGCUCUUUUCGAGUACCGUCAUCAUGCGAUUCUUUCCCCGAACUCUCCGCUCAAUUUCCCGACUCGUUUUCGAGUUACGAUUUUCAUUUUUCGUUUCAUUCUCGGCCUAACCGCCGCGAUCGGCUUCCGUGUUUUGUUGAAUGAUCAAGAACAAGGGAGACGGUACUGGAUGGAGGUUUGUGUGUUUUCUGUAAAUUACAGUACUGACCAUAAAGGUAUUUCAAAUUGGUUUUUUGGACAGAACUCUCUGCAAAGUUAAUCGAUUAGUCUGAAUUUUUGAAGCAGUUUUUGUGGCGGUAUUACAAAUAGGUUCAACAAAAAAAAAAUAUCAAAAAAAAGUUGAAAAAAUAUUUUUUUCAAAAUCAACAGGAAAAUGUGAAAAACACAUCAUAACAAAAACAUCUUCGUUCAAAAUAUGACUCAAAAUACUUUCAACACUUGGUUGGGUACCCUUUGGCAUCAAUAAGUAGGUUUAAAUUAGCCUGGUUUGAACCGAAUUCAUUGUCCCGUGUUCCUUUUUUCGCAGUACAUGAUAAUGUAGUGGGGAAAACGAGACUUUUUGGAGUUUUUUUUUUAGGUAUUCUGCUCCGGCUAAAAGACCGUAUCAUAGGCAAAGUCGGAAAGGGUGGAAAAAGGCUCCAAAGGUUCUCAUUAACGCAUUUUGUUUUUGAAAACUUUAAGGUUAUUUAUUGGUCUAGGAAGUCAGGUGCUCCUAAAGUAUACUUCAGCCAAGUUUCAUAAAAAUAAUUAGCAGAGUGCCUUUGAAAGUAAAGUUUGAAUGAAUUUUGUUAGAACUUUUUUUUUUAAAAGAGGAAAGGCUAGGUAUAUUUUUAGAGGCAAGUCGGAAAGGGUGCAAAAAAGGCUUCAUAGAAAUGUUUCUUUUAGGAUGACAAAGAUUCCUUUUUUGGUGCCUCUUCUUUUUCUCACCAUCCUGGGAAAAUUUUUAGUGACCACUCUAGAGGCUCGCCAAGGACUACUUGGAGAUGACGCUAAAGUGGCCAUUAUAUAGGCUCUCUAUUUAGUGGCCACUUUAGUAGUUUUUUUCAUCCAGUAUUCCUUUUUAGUAACUCUAUAAUAUUAAAAAAAAUAUAUUGAACCAGUUAUGUUGAUCCAUUGACCCCUAAAGUGGCCACUAAAAUUUCUAUUGGUCUAGUAGUAGCACUUAAACCUCUAUAGUGGCCACUAAUUUUUAAUCCCUUAAGUGGCCACUAAUUUGACUACUAUAGAAACCACUAAAACGUCAAAACCCUAUGGUGGCCACUAAAAGUCUCUUGAGCCUUUGAAAUCCCAGAAAAAAAAAAAUGAAAGGCUCGAUAAUGGAACUCUUUUUGCUGUCUUUUGUUGUUAUGGUAAAUUUUUUUGAUAAUAAUGAUUUUUUCCCUCUCAGAAUUCUCCCUGUCGACUCGAAGAGAGCGAAACUACGUUGUCGAAUUCAUUUUUCUUCACUCUUGAUGGUAUUUCAACUGGUAUACUGAUUGCGGGAACCUGUGCCUUAUUGCCUCUACUUGAGAUGAUAUUUUACGGAUGCGAUUCGCUUAGGUAUACAAAAAUUUGAUUAGUCUGUUCAGAUUUUGAAUGUCAAGUCAAGAUCCGCCCCUAAUUGCGCGAUAAACCAAUCAGAGAGCGAUCCAUUCACAGAGCCUUUCCGAAUGAAUUCAAAUUUUAAACAGACUAUAAAAAGAGUUUGAAAAUGUAUUAUAUGAUUCCAGGCGGAUCAAAUCGCCAAGUUCUUCAAUUUCGAACCACUCUCGACGUAUUCAAAUCAACUUUUUGCACGCUCUUCUUAUACAAGUUUCGAUCCGUGUACUUUUUGAAGAAAAACAAUGAUCCUAGGAGUGUGCACCGCUCUUGAUCACCUACCCCGCAGCGCUGUUUUACGCCUUUUUCAGCUAUUUCACUCGGAAUAUGUCGAUUGGUGGGGAUUUCUUUUUAGUUCUGGGAUAAUUUUCAGUGGUCACUAUAAGGAUUUUUUAGUGGCGACUAUAGUAGUCAAAUUAGUAGCCACUUAAGGGGUUAAAACUAGUGGCCCCUAUAGAGAUCUAAGUGCUACUACUAGACCACUAAAAAUUUUAGUGGCCACUUUAGGGGUCAAUGCAUCAACAUAACUGGUCCAAUCUGGUUGUUUUUUAUUAUCGGAAUUACGGAACACGGAAUGAAAAACACUGAAGUGGCCACUUAAAAGGAAAAUAGUGGCCACUAUGAAGGUGGGUUUAGUGGCCACUUUAGUGUCCUUCUCCAAUUAGUCCUUGGCGAGCCUCUAUAGUGGCCACUUAAAAUUUUCACAGUUUUGUGAAAUAGUUCAUUUCUCUUUGAAAAAUAAGAUUCUCAAUUUUCAGAAUAUGAUAGAGAAUGCUAUAAUAACCAAUAAAAGAUGCAAGGAACUAAACAUUUUCUGAGAAAAUAAUUUUCCACUGAUUUCGAUAUUUAAUCAAAAAAAUUGACUUUUUUGUUCUUAAAAUGAUUAAUUUUCCGAUUUCCCCUCAUAAAGGGGAGUACAUUAGGAUUUUUCCAGAGAAGUUUUCAGAUUUGAACAAUAUAAUGGUUCUCCUACUCACAAGCCACGGUUUAUUCGCCAGCCUCGCUAUUCUUAUCGUAAAUCGACCUUAUCGAGAAUUUCUAUUUCAACCUGGGAUCUGUAAAACCUUGAGAACGAAUAAGACACAAACCUCGCUAGUUUUAUUUUUCAUAAAUGCGUUUUUCUUUUUUUAAUGUGCCAAAACUAAAUUUAGAAAAAAAAUACUAAAAAAAAUUUCAGAAAAUAAUGAUAACGAAAGUUUUUUUCCACAAAACUAUCUUAAAAUCUUCGCGAAAAGAAAAACGACAUUUAAAAUUUUGUUUGAAGGUUCGUAGAAUAACUGUUCGCUGGAAAAUGUAUAUUAAAGACUCCUCAAGUUUUUUUGUUUCGAUUCCUGAUGUCUCCUGAGUAAUCUUUGUGUUUCAACACAUAAAAAAAGCGUAGACGAACAUAAAUAAUAAUAGAUUCUACCUAUUUCGAGUAAACCCUCACUUCCACCUGCUGAUUAGGCCUUUUUGUGCCUCGAAAGAACUCCUGUUUUAUCUUUCAUCCGUCUUUUGCGUUUUUUGAGAAUUUCAGAAUGAAGUGUUCUUCGUACCACAAAGAUGAAUAUUUCCUUGCUUUGAAGAUUAUAUCAGCUAUUGAAACUUUUUUAUUCAUUCUCACCACUUAUUGCAUCAUUUUCCGAUCUCCGAAAUCGAUGAAAACCUUCAAAUGGCUGUUGUUACACCAGCAGUUCUGGUAAGGGAUUUGACCAUUUUUUCUGGUAACGAAAAGUGAUUUUUGAGGCUCUUCGGCUUCCAGUUGCUCAUUUGCGACUUGAUAAAGCCGAUUCUCUUCUUACCACUGCUUGGAUAUAGUACUAACGGUCUACUCAACGACAUCUUCUCCCCAUUCACGCAGUUCCAAAUCGCCAUUGCAAUCUUUGUCCUGGUUAUUGUCUCUACGGCGGCUCUUUUCGAGUAUCGUCACAAUGCGACUCUUCCACCCGAUUCUCUUCUGAAUUUCUCAACCCGUACUAGAGUUUUGAUCUUCGUACUCCGUUUUGUUCUUGGUUUAAUCGCGCCAUUCGUAUUCCGCAUUUUUCUAAAUGACCAGGAAGGAAGAAAGUUCUGGAUGGAGGUUCGUGUGCUGAAGAAUGGUUUGAAGUCGUAUAUAACCGUUUUUAUUAGUGAAAAGGGAUGCAAAACCAAAAAAAAAGAGCGUAAAUAACAAGGAAGAUUAAAGGCGCAGGCCUCCGUAUUGCCAGAGGUCUUCGAGACGAAACGAGUUCUCUCUACAUAAGCGCAAUUUUUCUGCGCGAAACGGCGCAGUGCAUGCACACGAGACACGACACUUUACGGAGUAAAAGCUUUUGCUUCAAGACACUGUGGAAUAAUGUUUAAAAAAAUUUUCUUCGGUAGGAAUGCGACAAGCUGGCGUGAAAAUUCCCAAUUUCAUCAAAUCUUCAUUCUUAAGGUUUACAGAACUUUUUCAGAAUGCUCCUUGUCAGCUUGAAGAAAGCGACGCGAACCCGUCGACCACAUUUUUCUUCACUAUCCAGGGUCUUUCAUCUGGAGCCCUUCUCAAUGUAUCCUUCACCUUAUUACCUACGGUCGAGGUAGUCUUCUACGCAAUCGACUCUUAUAGGUGAGACAGAAAACAAUUGAAUUUGAAGCUUGAUAAUUUUGAGACGAUGCCGCUUGCCCAGCACGACGAUUUCCAAUCAAACACGACAAAUUCAGCUCAACUUUCUGCGCGCUCUCAUCAUCCAAGUUUGGACUGUAGUGUUCUUUUGAAUAGGUUUGAUUCCAGGAAUGCGCCCCACUUUUCAUCGCAUAUCCUGAACCGUUUUUCUACGUUCUGUUCAGCAGCUUCACUUGGGUCAUGUGGAUGGGUGAGAAUUCUCAGAAAAAGGCAAAAAAUCGUGGUGAAAAAAUAUCCUGAAGUUAGGGACCACAGGCCUAUUUUUCGAACUCAAUCUAGCUCCUCGUUUUUUUUAAAUUUUUGUUGGCUUCAAAAAUUUCAUUUACUGUUUAUAAGAAGUUUUCAAAAAAUCAACUUUGUCCGCGACCUACAUGAAUAUCAAAACGCAAAACUAAGUUUAUUUUUCGAACUCGCGUCACUAUUCCGUACGACACUCCGUUGAAACACAUGGAAAGUACCUAAAAACCUUUUCAACAGAAAGAGGAACCUUUUCUACAUGUAUGCUGAAAUUUUUAUCAUUUUUCAUUGCUUCUAUCGGCUGUACGAAACAAUCAAAGACGGAUUAUCAAAAAAAUGGCCUUUUUUCCAUCGCGAAAAGGGGCGGGGCUUUGCGGUCGCUUCCUAAAGGUCUUUGAAAACAUAUUGCAAGUUUGACAGGAGCUUCAAAAGAAAAUUCCUGAAAAGAUCAGCGUAAUAGCACAAGGAAGAUCACUUUAAAUUUGGGAACUUCCUGAAAAUUAGUCAGAACACCCCUCGAUGUACGCGAAAAAGAUCCUGAAAGUUUCAAAGAUCGAAAAUUCUGGAAAAGGAAACUUUAAAGUUACCGAAAACCUUCGAAAUAGAUAUUAAGUUAAAAUUAUGAAUUUUGUGAAUUUGGGCUUUCUUUUUCGAAUAUAUUAUUCUAUUUUGCGAUGCGCCUUUAAGAUUUAAACUACUCGGGCAAAGUUGGAAUGGCGCAUAAUGGUCGCUAAAAGGCAGCAAAAUCGGUCCGUUUAUCAAGCAUUCCAUUUUUCCAAGGGUUUUAAAGGCUCAAGAAAGGGUGAAAGAAGGGAGAGGCAGCAGAAAUGGUGCAUAGCAGCCGAUAAAAUGGCGCAAAAAGGCAGCAAAAAAAGAACUUUUUUCAACCCUCUACAAAGCCUUUUUCUACCCUGUCCGAAUGCAUAAUUAGCACAGUUUUUUUCUAUAAAUAUAAUAUUUUUCAAUAAAAAGAAAAAGAAAAAGAAAGCUUUUACUGAGCCAUUUCUCGAAAUUUCAUUGUUUUCUCCAAUUUUGUGAAUUUUUUUAAAAGUUGGCAGAAAAAACAGUUUUCAGAUAUGAACAAUUUGACGGUUCUUCUAGGCUCGAGCCACGGUUUAUUUGCCAGCCUCGCUAUUCUUAUUGUAAAUCGACCUUAUCGAGAGUUUAUUUUCAAGCUGGCUGUACACAAAACAAAAAGGCGGAACACUAUUACACAUUUUAUUACAUCAUGACAAUGAAUGGACUUUUUUUCUUCUUUUUUUUUUAAUUGUUUGCAAUCUAUUGGAAAAAUUUGAGAAAGUCAUAUGAGGUUCAUUUCAAUUACUUAGGAACUCCAGAAUGGUCCCUAUAGGGGCCGAGGAGUCGUUGAAGUGUGCCCUCUCGGGACCACUUUUUCAGCCCCUAUUGGAGUUGUUUUCUCCCAUAACUAUUAUACCAACCCCUAGAGAGACCACCUUUGUUUUACCCCUAUAGGGACCACUUUUUCGGCUUUGAUAAGAGUUUUUUUCUUCUCUAACCCCUAUAGGGACCACUUUAGGGACCACCUUGGUUUUACCUUUACAGGACCCCUUUCGGCUCCUAUAAAAUUUUUUUUUACCGAACCCCUGUAGGGACUACUUUACCAACCCCUCUAGGGACCACUUUUUUGACUUUUAUGGGGGUUUUUUCCUCCUUAAUCCCUAUAGUGACCACUUUACCAGCCCCUAUAGGGACCACUUUCUCGGCCCCUAAAGGAGUUCUUUUCUACCUUAACCCCUCUGGGGACCCCUCUGGAAUUCCCAAGUAUUUUCUGUAUUUGAAAUCUACCAAAAAAAUUCAAAAAAUGCCGACUUUUUCUAGAAAUUUGAGAGCACUUGAACUUUAAAAACCUCAAAUUUCAAAAUUCCAACUCAAAGGAAUUUUCAAACUCUUCAUUUGACCGGAAACACUUCCCCAAACGUCUUCCCUUUUUUCAACACACCUGAUCAAAGAUAUUCGCUUGAGCGCACCUGCAAUUUUCCUCUGCAUACGUAUCACCUGCAGAGAGGUGGAGGAGGUGUUUCCACGAAGGAAGCGAAAAUAUAAAGAACCAAAAAGUUCCCGUCUAGUCUUCGAAUGUCCACUCCGACUCCACUCUUCUAAAUCUAGUUUUCUUGAAAAAAAUUCCUUUUUUUGAUGCAUUGUGCCCCGUAUCACCGUGAUGAAUAUUUCAUUGCUUUGAAAGUUUUAUCAGCUAUUGCGACUAUUGUUCUGAUUAUCAACACUUAUUGUAUCGUAUUCCAAUCACCGAAAUCGAUGCGGACUUAUAAGUGGCUUUUGUUGAAUCAACAGUUGUGGUAGGUUCUGUCGAUUCAUUUCGAAAUCAUCAAUUUUGAUACAAAGUCAAGGAUUUCCUACAGAAAAUUGGCUAUAAAGUUUUUUUCUAAAAAAAAGUCGAAAAAAGUUUUUCUCAUGUAGGAGAGUCCAUUAGAAGCUCACUGAUCUCAUUAAAAAGUUUGGAAAGAUCUCAAUUUUUCAAGAAAUGGGUCCUGUCGCGAUUAGAGAAAUAGUGUGCAAACAUAGGAGGGUUCUACAGUAACCUCUAACUUUUCCAGCUGUCAAUACGGAACUCCAAAGUGGUCCCUAUGAGGGCAAUCUUAGGGGCCAUUUUACCAACCCCUAUAGGGGCCCCUAAACUUGCAAAAGUGAGCCCUAUAGGGUUUUAUUAAGGGGCCUUUAUAGGGGAAAUGCUUAUUGAUAAUUUUUAUAUUCUCUGAGAAGCAUUUCCAUGCGAAAAAAAAUAAAUAAGCGUUUUAAAUGAAGUUGAGGAAUCCCUAUAGGGACCACUUAAGCUUUAGUGGGCCAGGGUCAGACUCUCAACCCCUAUAGGGACCACUUUGGUUUCACCCCUAUAGGGACAACUUUUGUGACUCCGAUCGCGGCUGUUUUCCGCCCUAACCCCUAUAGGGACCACUCUGGAACUCUUAAUUAUAUCAACCAUGAAGAGAAAAUUGACAUAGAAAAAAUAGCCUCGGGCAAUUUUCAAAACUAGAAGAUUGCAAAAGAAAUUUUUCAAGUUUCAGGCUGUUCGCCUGGCAAAUAUACCUUUGCGACGUCUCCAGGAUGGUUCUAUUCGUCCCAGUUCUUGGGGUCAGAACCUACGGGAUCCUCAACGGGAUCCUGUCGCCAUUCACUCAGUAUCACAUCUCCCUCGGCUUUUUCGGGGCUGUUUUGGCCUCAACCUCGGCUUUGUUCGAAUAUCGACACCAUGCGAUUCUUCCUCCCCACUCACGGCUCAAAUUGAAGACGCCCCUGAGACUUUUCAUUUUUAUAAUGCGGCCGAUUUACGCCUGUAAUAUGGGCACGGUCUGGAACUUUGUUCUGAACGACCAAGUGGAGGCCAAGAGAUUCUGGCAGGAGGUUGGUUUUCGGGACUUUUUGAUUGUCCUAGGAUCCCAAGUUUUCAGAAAAAGAGUCAAAAAUCGGUGGGAAUUAUCAUUGUUUUUCAAAUUUUCCCUGUUUGAGCUUUCCUAGAUCGGUCGCCUUAUUUAUCAAGACUCAAAAAAUAGACAAGGAACUGUUGGAAAAAAGAGCCGCGCUAGCAAAGUUUUCUGCGCUCCGUUGAUAUUUAUGAUAUAUUCCUAUUCAAUUUCCUUCAAAGCCAAGAAAUUUUAGGAGAAGAUUCGUUUUCGUGAUAUCUAACUAGCCUAGGAGUUCUUAAAAAGAAAAAAUCUUCAAAAAACGGUAUUUUUUCAUUGGUUCUCAACCUUUUUCUCUGUUCGAACUUUCCUGGAUCCGUCGCCGAGUUUACUAGGACUGAAAAAAUAGCCGAGGAUUGAAUUAGCUAGUUGAAAAAGUUGUUGGAAAAAAGAGCCGCGUUAGCAAAGUAUUUUGCGCUCCGUUGAUAAUUUUGAAAUUUACCAAUUUGAACUCAAAAACCGAGCAUUUUUCUAAGCUUUAUCCCAUGAAACACUUGGAAAAUCACACAUUAACGUUUUUCGAAAUCUGUUCACUGGAGCGAAUAAGAUUCCAGUCAUCGGCCAUUUUUUCCAAAAAUAUUUUCACCCGUCUUUUUUGAUGGUAUAUGUAUUUUGAACCAAUGAAUCAUUUUUAAAAACCAAAACAAAAAGAAUUUUUUCAGCACUCACCCUGUCAACUGGAAGAAUUCGAAAUGGACACGUCAAACGUCGUUUUCUUCACGACUGACGUGAUCCGAGUCAGCGUCUUUUUUGGGUGUAUUUUCACGAUUCCGCCGGUUCUCGAGAUCAUUUUUUACGUUGCCAACUCGUUUCGGUGGGAUUGAAAAACGGGAUUUUUCAAUAUGUUUUUUCAGAAAAAUCAAAUCGAGUAGCGUGACGAUUUCUUCACAAACACGACGACUUCAUUAUGAUUUUUUGAAAGCUCUUUGUAUUCAGGUUUUUGAGAUAUAACUGAAAAAUGAUAUAGAAUUUUUCCAGGAGUGUGCUCCAGUUCUCAUUUCCUAUCCUUUCCCGAUUUUCUACAUCGUUGUCAGCUCUUUGAUCGGCUUGAUGUCGAUAGGUUGGUUUUUUUCGAAGAGUUAUCAAGUGAUUUGUAUUGAACUUUAAAUUUUUUUGAAAAGGGAAAAAUGAUAAUCCUGAUGUUUGGGCACUUGAGUUGAUUAUCAAGCUUUUAUCCUAAUUUUUUUAAUUUUUGCAAAAACUUUAUAAACAUAAAAAAACAUCCUACUUGAUCUCGAUGUUUGAGCCUUGAUUUAGAAAUUAUAAUUAUUUAUUUUUCACAUUUUCUAGGUUCAAAUAACCUUUCGCGAAAUUCAAAAUUAUCUCUGACACUCCAAAUUUUAUUUAGAAAUUCCAGAGUCGCUAUAGGAGUCAGGUGAAAUAACAGCCCUUACAGGGGCCGAAAAAAAGUGGUCCCUAUAGGGGUUUAGGGUCUGACCCCUUAGCCCCUAAAAGCUUAACGGGUUCCUAUAGGGUCUUUCAAUGUCAUUAUAAAAAAAACGCUUAUUCAUUUUUUUUUACAUGGAAAUGCUUCUUCGCAUAGAGAUCAUGAAAGUAAAAGACCAGCAUGUCCCCUAUAGGGACCACUUUUUGCAAGCUCCAGUGGACCUUAUAGGGGCUGAUAAAGGGGUUGAGGGGACCCUCCAAAGGCCCCUAUAGGGACCACUCGGGAGAUCCUAAGUUUUCACUCUCUGAAACUCCCAAACACUGCGAAAACUUUCAUCACUUUCAUUUUUCACACCGAUCCUGUUGUUCAAUGAAAAAUUGAGCGUUGGUUCUUAGAAUUGUUUUUUAGAUUUUUUUUAAGAAAAUAAUUCAAUUGUAUCUCACAAAAAUGGAAAUUUCGCCAAUUUUGAUUUCAAUUUUCAAUUGUUCAUGUUUGAAAGGAAGUGGGGAGGAACUAUAUUAGGUUCGAAUUUCAUCUGGAGACCAGGAAGGAUAUUCUUGCAAAAUAGGCGAAUUAUGUCCUAUUUAUCCUUUCUUAUUAAUGUUCGAGCGUUGGGUUCAAGUGUAUAAGACAAUUUGGAUAAAUCAAAACGUUUUCCUGCAGAAAGUAAGACAAGGAAGUUUUUCAUUUUGCAGGAAAAAUGCGAUAAAUUACGUCGACGUGCUGUGUUUGAUUAUUGAGCAUUGAAAAGGAAAUUUUUUGCCAUGUUGAAUUAAAUUUACCUGGGUCUAGCUUCGAUUGAAAUUUUUCUUCAAUGAGGUAGCCAAAACUACGGGAAAAAUAACCUUUUUUAAAAGUUUUAGUAUUGAUGAGCCUGAUUUUAGCGGUUCGAAAGGCUUCCAAGCAUUAUUUUGUCUUGAAUAGAGAAAAAAAAACCAAAAAUUGUGUUCAAAAUUAACCCUGUGGUGUUUAAAGGAGCAUAGAAAAAUUCCUAAAGGUCUCGAGACGAAAACUUGUUUCAAAGGACCUCUACGCUUUUUAACAUCAAGAAUCAUGAAGAGACUAUACUGCUGAAAAAAAAAUCAAUCACAUCUGAACUCCAGUAAAAACUAAUUAUUUUUUUCAGACCUCAACAAUUUGGCGAUUCUCAUCACUCUAACCCAUGGAAUUAGUGUUGGCCUCGCGGUUAUUCUGGUAAAUCGACCUUAUCGCGAAUUUCUUUAUAAAAUGAUUCUUUGUAAGCCUAGUAUCAAAUUGAGAAGCGUUUCUGUUGCAUUCCUCUCGUUAUGA